AUGAUUGAUGAUAAUAUUCUACAAUUUGAUUGUCUAUAUUAUCAUAUAAGUAAGAAAAAAUUAGCUUAUCAAGAAUUAUCAAAUGUAGUCAACGAGAUGAUUCCAUAUUGCUUUCGACCGAUAAAUUCUAAUGAAAGUUUAUUUCGAAAUAUUAUUAAUAGAUCCGAUCAAAAUAUAACUUUUGAAGAAUUACGUAUUUUUAAUAUAAGUACACAAGAUCUACUUUUAUGGUCAACUCCUAUUGAUUUAGUUGAAAAAUAUCAAUUAUAUUUAGAUGAAAUAGAUUUAUCUUUAUCUAAUGAAUUAUUUUAUAAUUGUACAAAACCAUGGUUUGGUUUAAAAUGUCAAUAUUCAUUUGAAUUUAGUGAUGAUAUGUCAAUAAUUGAUAUUGUUGAAAAUGAAUUUAAUAUUAAAAAAUCCUAUUCUGAAUAUUCUAAUAUAUUAAUAGAAUUACCAUGUUAUAUUCAUAUAAAAUGUGAUCGUGGUGAAAAAUCUUUAUGUCUUGAUUGGCGUGAAGUAUGUAAUGGACGUAUUGAUUGUAUUGAUGAAGGUCUUGAUGAAGCAUAUUGUAUUGAUAUGGAAUUAAAUCAAUGUGAAGAUAAUGAAUAUCGUUGUCAUAAUGGAUUAUGUAUUCCCGAAGAAUUUUGGGAAAAUGGUUUUGGUGAUGCCGAUUGUCUUGAUCGAUCAGAUGAAUUUGCUGAUGUAUUAUAUCCAAAUAAUUGUUUUCAAGAUCCAACAUUUCGUUGUGAAGAACAUUCAUGUCGAACAAAUUGGUUUGAUUUUUCAUGUGGAGAUGGACAAUGUGUACAAACAUUUGAUAAAUGUCAUAAUGGACGUCAUAUUUUAUUAAUUGAAUCAAUAUUAAUUCAAGGUAAUUUAUCAAUUAAUUGUUCGAUUGCUAUGAUAUGUCUUACUCAACUUAUUAAACAAAUUCAUGGAAUAUUAUGUGAAACAUUAUUUAUUAAUAAUUUAAUUUAUGAAUUUAUUAAAAAAUGUGAUUCAAUAUUUCAAUUUCCAAUAAAUCCAGUAUAUAUGAGUCAUAUUCGUUUUUUAUAUGAAAAUAUUUCAUUAAAAUUAAAAUUAAAAUUAAAUUCAAAUAUUUUAAUUAUACCUGAUUAUAUUUGUUAUGAUGAAAAACUUUGUGAUUGUAUAAAUUCAACAUAUUAUUAUAAAAAUUUAACUUGUUUACAUAGUUCGACAUUAGAUUUAAUAUCAAGUAUUAGUGGACAUAUUUGGAUUGAUAUGAUUUUAAUAAUUGAAUCUUAUUUUCGUUCAUGUUUAAAUUCUUAUACAUUUUUAAAUGAUAUAAACAAAUAUAAAAAUGUAACAUUAUUAUAUAAAUGUUAUAAUUCAUCUAAAAUUAUAUCAAAACAUCGUAUAUUCGAUGAAAAUAUUGAUUGUUGUAUGAUAGAUGAUGAAAAUCCUAAAUUAAGUUGUUUAAUUAAUGAUAAACAUCGAAUAAAAUGUAUUGAUAAUGAUGAAUGUUUUUCAUCAUUACAUACUAUUGAUGAUUGUCCAUUUAAUGAAAAUGAAAUUGAAAAGAAAAUAUCAUUUCAAAUGUUUUGUAAUGGUUUAGAAGAAUUUUAUUAUAUUGAUUCAAAUGGUAAAAAUUUUACAGAUGAAUCGGAAUGUGAUUAUUGGCCAUGUAAUAAUAUAUAUACAAGAUGUGAUAGUUUUUGGACAUGUCAUAAUGGAAAAGAUGAAGAAAAUUGUUAUGAUAAAAUUUGUCAAUCGAAUAGUUAUCCAUGUAUAUCUCCAUAUAAUUAUACAUUAAUUUGUUUAUCUUCGAAUAAAGUAAAUGAUGGAAUUGAUGAUUGUCUUGGAGGAAUGGAUGAACUUAAAUUAUGUCGACAUAUUUAUCCAUCAAAUAAAGAUCCAAAACGUUUUCGUUGUCAAAAUAAUAGUUUAUGUUUAUCAUCAUUUGAACUUUGUAAUAAUAUAAAAACAUGUCCAUUCGGUGAUGAUGAAAAUUUUUGUAAUAAUCAUAAAUUUAUAUGUCAAUAUAAUUCAAAUAUAAAUCGUACUUUUAUUCAAGAUAUUAUUUGUCAUUCAAUUGAUAAUGAAAAAAAUCGAAUAAAUCAUUUUUCAAUAAAUACAUCACCUAUUUAUCCUCAAUUAGAUAAAAAUAUAAAUAAAGAAAUAAUUCAAUGGAAACAAAAACAAGAUAAUAUUCAAAAAAAUAUUUAUUCAAAAAAUAAAUCUUAUAUUUGGCCAUGGUAUUGUAAUCGUGGACUUAUUCUUCGUAUAAGAUUUCAAAAUAAAUUAAAUCAACGUAUAUGUAUGUGUCCACCAAGUUAUUAUGGUAAUUUAUGUCAAUAUCAAAAUGAACGUGUUAGUAUUACAUUAGGAUUGAUUAGAGCUGAUAGACGUGAUGUUUAUGUUAUUAUAAUUAUGUUAAUUGAUCAAAAUCAAUAUAUUAAUUCAUAUAAUCAAUUUGAAUAUAUUGCAAGUCAAAAUUGUGGAAUUAAACUUAAUCGUUAUUUAUUAUAUUCAACACGACCAAAAAAUAUUUCAAAUAAUUAUACUAUACGUAUUGAUACAUUUGAAAAAUAUUCCUUAACAUAUCGUGGAAGUUGGCAUUUAUCAAUACCUUUUCUUUUUUUACCUGUUAAUAGAAUAUCUGCAUUGUUAUAUAUGCCAUCUUAUAGACAAAUUCCUAUUAUAUCAAAUUGUUUUAAAAAAUGUAUAAAUGGUGAAUGUAUUAAAUAUUUAAAUAAAGAAUAUAUAUUUUGUCGAUGUUUUUCGGGAUGGUCAGGUAUUCAAUGUGAUAUUAAAAUAAAUUGUCAAAGUUGUUCAUCAGAUUCUAUAUGUAUAGGAUACAUAAAUAAUCAAUCUAUAUGUAUUUGUCCUUUGACAAAGUUUGGUCGUCGAUGUUUUCUCAAAUCUCUAUGUCCGAAAAAUGCUUGUUUAAAUAAUGGUCAAUGUAUUCCAACUGAUAUAACUAUAUACAAUAAUCAUUAUUAUUGUAUUUGUUCUGAUAAUUAUUAUGGAUCAAAAUGUGAAUAUCGUAAAGCUAAACUUGAUAUUUAUUUAGAAAAUGUAAAUAUUCCAUAUUUUGUCUUAGCAUUUUUUUUUACAAUAUCAAAUGAAUCAGAACCAAUAUUAACAAUAAUGUUACAAAAAUUAACAUUAUUUCAACGUCUAGUUACUUUUCGUAUAUCAAUUCCAUAUAAUAUAGUUAUUAUUAAAUCUAAUAGAAAAUAUUAUCUUGCUGUUAUUCAAUUAAUUUCAAAUAUUGAUAUAUCAACAUCAAUUAAUCCUUCUCGAGAAUGUAUUUCAAUAGAUAUAUUAUUUAAUUCAACAUUAAUGAAAAUGUCUCGAUUUCAACGAAUUAAAUAUUAUCAUAUUCCAUGUCAAAUAUAUCAUAAAUUAAAUUGUUUUAUUGAUGAAUAUUAUCUUUGUUUAUGUACAAAAGAUCAUCAUGCUAAUUGUAUUGAAUUUAAUUAUAAUAAAAAUCUUCAAUGUUCAUCAAAACAUUAUUGUGCAAAUAAUGGACAAUGUUUACAAGAUCAUCCAACUUGUCCAUCUGCAAUAAUAUGUGUUUGUACUGAUUGUUUUUUUGGUAAUCAAUGUCAAUAUUAUGCUAAAGGUUUAGGUUUAACAUUAGAUGAAAUAUUAGGUUAUGAAAUAAAACAUAAUAUUAUUUUAUCUAAACAAUCAUUUUCAGUUAAAUUAAGUGCUUUUAUUACAAUGAUUAUGUUAUUAGUUGGUAUUAUCAAUGGUAUUAUUUCAAUUUUUAUUUUUAAAAGAAAAACUUGUCAAGAAGUAGGUUGUGGAAUAUAUCUUCUAUCAUCAUCAAUAACUUCAAUAAUUAUUGUUAUUUUAUUUUCAUUGAAAUUUUGGUUUCUUAUUUAUUCUUAUAGAGAUUUUAUUGGUAAACGAAUAAUAAUUUUUUCAAAUUGUAUGAUAAUUGAACCUUUACUUAAACUUUUAUUAUAUAUUGAUAAUUGGUUAAAUGGUUGUAUUGCAUGUGAACGAGCUUUUUCUCUUUUUAAAGGAAUUUAUUUUGAUAAAAUAAAAAGUAGAAAAAUGGCUAAAUGGAUAAUUAUUUUUGUUAUUAUAAUAAAUAUAAUUCUUAUUAUUCCUCAAAUAAUAUAUUUACAUUUAUUUGAUGAUAUAAAAGAAGAACGUACAUGGUGUGUUGUUUUAUAUUCAUCAUUAUUAAAUACUUAUACUUCAUUUAUAAUAUUUUUUCAUUUUUUUCUUCCAUUUCUAAUUAAUUUAUUUUCAGCUAUAUUUAUUAUUAUUGGAACAGCUCGUCAACGUUAUCUUAUGAAAAAUGAAUAUAGAUUUAGAAAUCAUUUUAAAAAUAAAUUAAAACAACAUAAACAUUUAUUAAUUAGUCCUAUGAUUAUUGUUAUAUUAUCAUUACCACGUUUAAUUAUUUCAUUUACAUUGAAUUGUAAUAAAUCAUCUGAACAUUUUUGGUUAUAUCUUUCAGGUUAUUUUAUUUCAUUUAUGCCAUCUGUAUUUAUAUGUUUUGUUUUUGUUUUACCAUCAGCAACAUAUAAAAAAGAAUUUAGACAAAUUCUAUCAUGUAUUCAACAACGAUUUUAUUUAAUAAAAACAAAUAAAUUUCGAAAUAAACUUUCUUAA